UGCAAUGACUGCCUCAUUAAAAAGCUAUAUAGGUAAAAACUCACCCUUGUGAGAAAACCCUAGAUAGAAAAAAGCACAACCCACAGCUCACUAGUCGUGCUUGGGUCUAAUCAUGCCUAAUCGUGCUUAAUCGUGCUUUAGAGCUAAUCGGGUCGUGCCCGUGCCGGUCCAGCGUGCUCGGCACUUGGCCCAGGCACGGCACUAGCCAUAGGGCCGUGCACGGGCCCGCCUCCACCCGUGUCGUGCCGUACCCAGGCACUACGGGCCAUGCCGUGCUCCGGACCGUCCGGAUUAGCCGGCACUAUUGCCCUUCUAUAGGCGACGGAGAUGUCAGGGAGACAGCGAGGACGAGGAGCCGGGUCCUGGUGGUCGGCGGCGCCACCGGCCGCCUCGGCGUAAGCGUCGCUCGGGCCAGCCUCGCCGUCGGCCACCGAACCUUCGCGUUCGUCCGGCCCCACCAGGCCACCACUUAGCACGCCCCGACUCUCCUACUUGCUCGUAGCCGCUGACGCCACUCUGCUCGAGGCGGUGCGGCAGGUGGACGUUGUCAUCUACGCGGUGCCCACGAAGCAGGCGCUCGAGCAGAAGCCCCUGCUUCGGGCUAUAAAGGAAGCUGGAUGCGUGAAGGGAUCAUCUUCUUCGUCUUCGAAAAGGCGCACCGACGAGUAGAAGGCUACACCUGCUAUCGUUGCCAGGGUCAUGCUUGCAAUCAUGCAACAUCGCUGUCAAGAGACGGGGAGCAGCUCUGCCAAUGGCGACUGACUGUGGCUUGGUGAUCCAUUAGGCCGUGAGGGAGAGUGGCGACAGCGAUCAGUACCUGUUGCUGACCAAGACCAACUACUACUCAUGGGUGGUGCUCAUGAAGUUGAAGUUGCAGGCGAGAGGCAUGUGGAUGGCGGUGAACGUCGACACCAAUGACUACAUCGACGAUGACGGUCGCAAUGCUCUAGAGGCCAUCGCCCUCAUGGUACCUCUGGAGAUGUAAGGGGUGAUCACAAGCAAGGGCGACCACCAAGAUCGCGUGGACGUCAAAAUAAAACAAAUCUCGGUGUGGACCAAGUGCACCAAGCGAAGGCUACGACACGAGUUCAACUCACUCAGAUUCAAGGAUAGUGAAUCUGUUGACGACUUCGACAUGCACAUCACCGACCUGGUACUAGGAGCCAGAGGUCGUGCGCAAAUUCCUACGGGCCACUCCACCAAGGACUCACAGAUCGUGAUGGUGAUCUAAACCCUUCUUGAUCUCAAUACACUAGCUAUGGAGGAGUUGAUCGGGAGGAUCAAGGCAGUGGAAGAAUGUUACUAAACAGUACGAUCUUGGUGGACAAGGAUGCCAACAGCAUGCGACACAUUUGCACCAGUACUUAGUACACCUCCAGCGGCGGCCGAUACACCUCCAUCACCGACGCAGGUGGAGUUCAUGUCACUACCUCUAGACCUCGACGCCGACCACGACAAUGAGAUGUCUCUCCGGUUUAGAACGUUGGAUAAUGUGCUCGAGUCAAUGGAAAUUCCUGGCUUGACAGAAUGGGAGUUUGUGAAGAGAGACCUGAAGGAGUGGAAUAUUGACAAAGAGCUCGCCGCAGAUAGGAAGGGGUGGAAGUGUGCAAUUCACGUGCCAGAACCCUGAUUGAUAGUUUCGCUUUUCCUCCUUAAUCGUUUGACCUUUUCUUGUGUCCAUUUUAGAUCUUGCUGGUCAUUGUGGGUUUUAUCUCUUUUAUGUGUUUCCCUGUUUCGUUGUUUUCGGUUCUCCUUUGCCUUUGUUUCCCUUUUCUGUUCUUUGGGGGUUGAGCUCUGAGGUUUUCAUACGGGGUUUCAUCUCUAGCCUACCCCAACGUGCUUGGGACAAAAAGGCUUUGUUGUUGUUGUUGUUGUUGUUGUUGUACAGAAUGGGAGUUUGUGGUGAAUGAGGAGUUGCUCAUUAUCAUCGGUGAUUAUGAAUCGACUACGUUCAAGGAGGCUCGAGACGAUUCCCACUGGUGCAAGGCGACGAUAGAGGAGAUGACAUCCAUUGAGGAGAACGAGACAUGGGCUCUUGUCGACCUUCAUCUAGGCCAUCGCCCAAUUGGUCUGAAGUGGGUGUACAAACUGGAGCGCAAUGAGCAGGGCAUCGUCGUCAGGCACAAGGCCUAGAUUCUCGCCAAGGGGUACAACCGAGGUCCGGGGAUAGACUAUGAUGAGGUGUUUGAUCUGGUCGCACAGAUGUAAUAUGUGUGGAUACUGCUUGAUGUUGUGGCAAUGGGUUGGCUUGUGCACACAUGUAUGCCAAGACAACGUUCUUGAAUGGCGAGCUCAAGGAGGAGGUGUACGUCUGGCGGACGCCCGACUUUGUCACUACUAGGCACAAAGCGAAGGUUCUAUGGCUAAAUAAGGCGUUGUACAAACUUCCCUAAGCACCACGGGCGUGAAACGCAAAGCUGGACAACAACCUACGCAAACUCGGCUUCAUCAAGUGCUUUAGCGAGCAUGGGAUGUACACUAAGGGCGCCACAACAUUGCGUGUGCUGGUCUGGGUCUAUGUCGACGACCUAAUCAUCAUUGGAGCAAGGCUAGUGGAUGUCGAUGCAUUCAAGGAGGAGAUGCGUCGUCUGCUUCGGAUGAGUGACCUUGGUCUCUUAUCUUUCUAUCUUGGGAUGGAGGUCAAGCAAGGACACACCUCCAUCAUGUUAAGGCAAGUGGCGUACAUCCGCAAGUUGUUGGAGAAGUCCAACAUGUGGGAUUGUAACCGAUGCCACACGUCAAUGGAGGCCAGACUGAAGCUUUCAACGAAGAGGCAACACUAGAGGUCAAUGCGACGAUGUACAAAAGUGUGGUAGUAAGUCUGCGCUAUCUGGUUCAUAACAGGCCAGACAUUAUGUUUGCGGUGGGUUUUGUGAGCCGUUUCAUGGAGAGACCACAACAAGAGCACUUAGCCACCGUCAAGCACAUCCUACACUGCUUCGUUGUUACAGUCGACUACGGUCUUGUCUGCCCCAAGCGCUGCAACACUGACUUCAGGUUGGUGGGCUACACGCUGACCGAAUACACAAACUACAACUUGGGGGAGACAUCGAUGAGAGGAGAAUCACCGGCGGCGUUAUCUUCUUCUUAGGAGACAUGCAUGUGUCUUGGUAGUUUCAGAAACAAAAACUGAGGUCUUCUCAACUUGUGAAGCAGAGUAUAUGGUGGAUGCAGCUGGAGCAUGCCAGGCUAUAUGGCUCGUGCAGCUGCUGGGGGACAUCACCGGCGUCAAAGUCUAGCCAUCGCUGCUGAAGAUGGACAAUUAGUAUUUUUUUAAAAGAGAAUGAUGUUGCUAAAUUGACAAUAUGCACCAUAGAAGAUUCCAGGACAUUGAACAAGAUGUUGUAUCUGAGGCCUCUAGGAAAUGUCUGCUCAAUGACUGAAUUGGCUGACCUCUAGGAGACAAAAAUCAAGAAAUCCCUGAAAAAGUUAUAUGUAACAGAAGAUCAACUUCUUAAAGAAAUCCAUGGUUCGAAGCAGGCUCUCCGCAUUUGCGGGGGCAAAGCUUGCCUCGAUUUAUCCCUUCCUAGACCCGACUCACGUGGGAGCAUCCGACACUGCAAAUGUGGAGAGGCUACUUCGAACCCGCGACCUGAUGACUUUGAGAUAGCUUUCACCACUACCCUUGGUCUAUCCUUUUUUGGCUCUGCGACUGGGUGUUUGAAGAAUGCCAUAUGUUUUUCCUUGAGGGAUUUCAAGUAAUAAAGUAUGCUAUCUGCACAGAGCAACUUAGGGCAUAAUAGGCAUUCUCGCAAUGAUGUUUCCACAAAGCACAAAAGUGGCUAUGAACCUUCUGACACAGAAACUGAGUGGCAUGAAAGCCCUUGGAACGAUGGAGCAUUGGCAUCGAAUAGGAAUCGUCUUCCUAAAGAUUCUGGUAGGAAUGACCAAGUUGGUACUAGGAGGCAAAACAUAUCUCCUAACUGCACACUAGAUUAUCAUGCUGAGAAAACUUCAAACUUGAGAUACAGUCGUACUCCUCCAAGGGUCACAGAACAAAGGCGCCAUCCUUCUCCAUUUACAGCUGUGAAGAAUGAAUCACGUAAGAAGAGCAGCCGGACGCCUCCCAGAUUUCGUUCUUCUAUGGAAACCUUUAGUAGAUCAUCAAUAAAGGCAAGGUUUUCCCGCAAUCGUUCAAUUUCUGCACCAAAAUUACGGCCACAAGAGAAGGAACAUCCUGCUAGAGCUCCUGCAUUUCCUGGCAGUAACCCUGUCUCAACACAUCCAGAAAGAGAAGUUGCUGAUAAUAUAGAAGAAGAUUCACAUGCAGAAAACUGUUCCCAGGAGAUCAGUGAAUUGAUUGCAAAUGGCAAGUUACCUAAUUCCAGAUAUAAUGAGUAUGCAUUUACGAGCACAGAGUCGAUACCUGCAGGUGAUAUCUUCUUCUCCCGUGAUUGCAGGGCUCCACUUGAGAAAACGUCAACAAAGCUUAACAAUAUUGACCAAUCAUUUACCUCUGACUCAAAUGUCCAUACUGAGAAUGAUGGCACUGUUACUCAAAGUAAUUUGGGCCAGCCAUCACAAUUUGUUUCAGCUCGGACAGGUCUUUCGCGCACAACUACGAAAUCCAGUUAUGCUACUGGUCGCCAUUGCCAGAUGAGCACCACCACCACUUUGAGUAGCCCAUAUAGCAAUGGAAAAUUAAGUGGGGAGAGUGGAAAGUUUAGUGAAAUCACUGGGAAACUAGUUGGAGGCGUCAUGAAAUUCACAUCCAGCAAGGUGCAAAACGAUACGUGGCUUCCAUGUAUGACUGGGAAGGCAUGUCGAAAAUCAAGAACAUCAAACAACAAAAAAAAUGAUGAAUCUGAAUCAAGUUUCAUUCAGAAGGCACUUGUCAUUGAGAAGAUUAGACUUUUUUGGGCUGAUAAAUAUCGUCCACAAAAUUUAAAUGGAUUUACUUGCCACAGGGAGCAAGUCCAGCAGCUUAAACAAUCGGUCUCUGCAGAAUUUUGCCCACAUAUUAUUUUCAAAGGUCCUCCAGGAUCAGGAAAGAGAUCUUUGUGCAGAGCUGUCCUCACUGAAAUUUUUGGCGAUUCAUCUUUGAAUGUCUCUCACUAUUUGAAGAGCUGCAAUGGCCAGGGGUCCAUAUCUGUGCCUAUUCUCGUCCCAGUUUCAUCCAGCAAUAACCAUGUGGAACUCCACAUGAGGUUUCAAUCGAAGAACGCUAGAUAUGCUUUGAUGACUCUAGCAAAUGAAAUGUCUGAUAAGUGUAAAAUCACUGAGCCAAUUGUGAGAAAGAGCUUUAAAGUGAUUGUUCUCUAUGAUGUUGAUAAAGUCAGCCAAAAUAACCAGCGUCUGAUAAAAUGGAUAAUAGAUUCCUCCUCUGAUGCAUGCAAGAUAAUAAUGACUUGCCAGGAUGAAUCUAAUCUCCUAGAUUCUAUAAAGAGUCGUUGCAAGAUUAUUUCAAUUGGUGUGCCCAGUACACGUGAGGUGGUAGAUAUCCUUACCUAUACAUCAAGAAAAGAGAGUUUUGAUCUUCCUACAAGUUUUGCUACUACCAUUGCGAAUCAAUCCAGGAAGAACUUGAGGGAGGCUAUAUUGGCUCUAGAGGCAUGUAAAGCCAACAAUUAUCCCUUCAUUGAUGGACAAGCUAUACCACUAGGAUGGGAGGAGGUUCUGGAGGAACUUGCAGUAGAAAUUUUGGAUGAUCCUGCCCCUAAAAGGUUAUUUCUGGCACGAGGCAAGCUCCAAAAACUCCUGGUGGAAUUUGUACCUCCUAAACUAAUACUCCAGAAGCUCGUAGAACUCUUCUUGAAGGGAAUUCAGACUGGCGUGAAGAGGGAAGUCUACUAUUGGCAUGCCUACUAUGACAAGAGGUUGCCUGUUGGUGCAAGUGCUCUGCUUAAAUUGGAAGAAUUCGUUGCCAAGUUCAUGAGCAUCCACCGGAAGAGCAUGUCGCAUGAGCCCAAGAUUCCUGAGGUGCCGCAGUGAAACCUGGCAGAGCAUGUCCUCGUGCGGUUCGGCCGUGUCGAAAUCCCGUUUGUGGUGGUGGUUUUUCUGUUUUAUAUAAUUCACCUUACGUGAUCAACUGUCAUGGUCCAUGUUUUUCUUGUUCUAUGUAUAUACUAUAUGGUACACAUAUAUGCUACUACUGAGUACACAAAUAUGUCCAGCCGAAUAAAUGUCUAUACGGCUAUACCAUCUGUGUUGGCAAUAUCUUGUUGCAAAAGUUUGGGAGUGGACGUAUAAUAAUCUUUUGAUUUGAGGUACGUGAA